AUGGUUGAAAACCAAAGUGACUACAAGCUUAAAAUGGUAAAAUUAGACAAUAGGGUAGAAUACACCACAGAAAAGUUUGAAAAAUUCUGCGAAGAAGCUGGUUUCCAUUAUCAACUAAGCAAUGUUUACCCUCCACAACAAAAUGGUACUGCAGCAGAGGAGGAGAUGUAUGAACAGAGGAGUCUAAGACCUAAUCUGCAAACCACUAGGAACCAAACUGAAAAUGAUGAAGUUUAUGAACAACCAGUACGAGGAAUUAGGUCCAUCACUAAAAUCUAUCAACAGUGUAAUUUGGCAAAACUAGAACCACUCACUUUUGAAGAAGCUGCUCAAGAAGCUGAAUGGCGAACAGCUACGAAAGAUUAUAUCACCAUGAUCAACAAAAAUGAAACUUUGAAGCUUGUGGAUAGACCAAUUCACAAGAAAGUGAUUGGAGUUAACUGGCUAUUCAGAAUGAAGAUGAAACCUGAUGGAUCAAUCAACAGAUAUAAAGCGAGGUUGGUUGUGAAAGGGUUUACCAGUAAUAUAGAGUGGACUUCACUGAAACCUUUGCCCCUGUUGCGAGGUUAG